AGAAUUUCAGAUGAGAUGCAUGUGUGUGGAUGUGAGGCCUCUGUAAUUGUGUUUUUAAACCCCUGGGGCCUCAGCCAGCUGAGCAUCCACGCACAGUUCACAGCCCAUACAUCACCACCCGGCAAAACCAAGCAGAAACGGCUCCGCUACUGUUGUGCUCCCCAGCCGAGCAGAGGUGACCAGGGCCUUAUGAGCUCUCCUAAGCAACCGCCGAAGCUCGCCAUGCUUUUACUGCUGGCACUGCUGCUGCUCUGUAACGGAGUUGGCAACGCCCAUUGUUCAAGGAUCCACGAGAACAGUGCCGAUCUGCACGCGCUGCUCGACUUCCAUCGGGGCAUCACCGACGACCCAAAGGGGGCCUUGAGCAAUUGGAACACCACGACCCACUUCUGUCGGUGGAAUGGUGUCACAUGCACCACGACACGGCCAUUCCGCGUCUCAUGGCUAAACCUCACCUGCCAAAACUUACAAGGCCAUAUCACCCCCUCUCUUGGAAACCUAACCUUCCUAAAUCUGCUUGAACUCUCCUAUAAUAGAUUCAUCGGUACCUUCCCUGUUCUUAAUAAUCUCCAACUGCAGUACCUUAUUAUGACCAACAACAGUUUAACAGGGAUAAAUCCUAAUGCACUCUCAAACUGCUCCAAUUGGGGCUACUUGGACUUCUUCUCGAACUUGCUAGUGGGUCCAAUUCCUCGAAACUAGGCUUCCUUUCAAAUCUGCAAUACAUCGAUUUUAGAUCAAAUCAACUCGAGGGAAGCAUUCCUGAUGAACUCGGGAAACUGCAGAAAUUGCAAGGCUUGUUCCUAGGUGACAAUAUGCUUUCAGGAGAAUUCCCACGUGCCAUCCUGAACCUUUCUUCUCUCCUAGCUCUGAGCUUGGAGACGAAUAUGCUAGGCAAGGCAUUGCCACCUAAUAUUGGCGACCUUCUGCCUAAUCUCAUACAAAUUACUUUGGGUGGCAACACCUUCGAAGGUCAUAUCCCAGCUUCCUUAGGCAAUGCUCCAGGGUUAACAGUCAUAGAUUUAUCAAUGAAUUAUUUCACUGGGAAAAUUCCAACUUCUUUUGGAAAGCUUGAAAAUCUGACUACUCUAAA